AAAAUCCCCUACCAGUAGGCGCAAGUUACCUAGUAACAGAUGAUGUCAUCGCCUCCUGAUUUUCCAUUGGCUGCAGAGUUCAGGACAGAGAAACAAACUUCUGGGUUUCAGUUCUGCCCGAGGACUGAAUUAGACGACUCUGCAGAGAUGAACGCCGCUUCUACCGCACUUCUGCUGAUGUACGGCUCGUUAUGGCCGUUCGGAUCAGGGUAUGUGAUGCAGGAGAUUUCCAUGUGCUUAUUCGAUGAUAACAAGGAAGGAGACAUCAUAUUUAAAUAUCAGAUCACUUUCAAUCGCCAACCAUUUCUGUAUUAUAAUGAGAAUGACAAACAAUUUAAUGGGUGUUUCAACUGCAUUCCCCAGAUGCAGUAUCUCUCAGACCAGGUUGCUCAGCUGUUGAAUAAAAAUCCAAAGUAUGUGGACCUAGUAGAAGGAGAGGAAGGACGGUGCAAGGAGGACGUUAGGACCUUCUGGAACAAGACAGUGGAAAGGAAAGUGAAGCCGUCAGUGGAGGUCUUUUCACCAGUUCAAAUCCAUCCUGAGGGCCUCCCGGUUCUGGUCUGCCAUGUGUGGGGAUUUUACCCCCCAGAAAUCAGUGUAGCCUGGUUUAAAAAUGAUGUUUUGGUGAAGAACUACACAGAGGCUGAGCGGAGCGGAGACUGGACCUACCGUAUCAUGGCCGUCCUGGACAUGCGGGACUCCCUCCCCGAAGACAACUACACCUGCCUGGUGAAUCACCCGAGCCUGGGCAUGGCAAUAACCAGGAGCUGGAAACACGGCUUGACCAACAUACAGAUCAUCAAGAUCGGCGUCGCUUCGGUGGUCUUCGCGUUGGGACUCGUCUUCCUUAUAACAGGAAUAGCUUGUUGGAAGAACGCCAAGAGAAGCGGUUACUCUCCAAUUCCAGGAGUCCAAUAAAUAAUGUUGUUGAUUGAUUCCUCAGCAGGUCUCGGCAGACAUGUUUCUCUGGAGGAAGAACUCCGCACAGACUACACCUAGUUCCUGGUGUGACCUCAAGGCCUUUUCUUGUGUCUCUGAAGACAAUCACUGUGUGAGAAAUGUCGAAAAAAUCCCCCAACAUUCCCCAUUCCUUCAUACACCGUCAUUGCGGAUAUCUUGUGUUUCGAUUAGAAAGUCAAACCCCCACCAUCCACAGCUCCACCAAUGAAGUUCUACCUAUAAGGACAUUCCUGGAUCAUCUUAGAUACCAACACACCAGCAUGUCCCAAUCCUAGAGCUACCUUCUACUCCUAAGUACUUUGGGACGAUAAUAAAGUCUGAAAGUCAAACUGUCUGAGAUACCCAGCCAAUCAGAUACUCACUUUCAUUGUAAAAACUGCUAGAAUUAUGAAGAAGCUGAUUAUGGAACAAUACGGGCUGUUCUUCUUUCAGGAACUGUGAUAUAUGAAGACCAUUAUUGGAUGUUUACUAUUCACUUUAUGCUGUUUUAGCUUUCUGCAGCAUCUUUGUCUUACUACUGUAUAUUUUUCUUAAUCUAACACUCCUUUCAGCUCUGUGGCCGGGGUUCAGGCUUUAAUUACAGAUUUAUUUGGUCUA